UGUGCCGGAGGUCAGCCGCGGCCCGGCCCUCGCUGCUGCCGCCCGGCCCCGCCGUGCCCGCGUCCUCCCGGCCGCUCCUCCCGGCUCGGACUCACUCAGUGAUGUGUAAGCCACAGGAUGCCCAGCAGCACCGGCAAGAGGUUUAAACCGACCAAAUACAUCCCCGUGUCUACAGCGGCCGCCUUGUUAGUGGGUUCGACGACUUUAUUUUUCGUUUUCACGUGCCCCUGGCUGACCAAAGCCAUCUCCCCAGCCAUCCCGGUGUACAAUGGGCUCGUGUUCUUGUUUGUGCUGGCAAACUUCAGCAUGGCUACUUUCAUGGACCCUGGAGUUUUUCCACGAGCAGAUGAAGAUGAAGAUAAAGACGAUGACUUCCGAGCUCCACUCUACAAGAAUGUGGAGAUUAAAGGAAUCCAAGUACGGAUGAAAUGGUGUGCAACCUGCCACUUCUACCGUCCUCCGCGCUGCUCUCACUGCAGUGUCUGUGACAACUGUGUUGAGGAUUUUGACCAUCACUGCCCAUGGGUCAACAAUUGCAUAGGACGGAGGAACUAUCGCUAUUUUUUUCUCUUCUUGCUGUCCUUAAGUACGCACAUGGUUGGAGUAUUCACCUUCGGCCUGAUUUUCAUAUUGAACCACAUGGAAAAGCUGGGAGCAGCUCAUACCACCAUUACAAUGGCUGUCAUGUGUGUGGCUGGGUUAUUCUUUAUUCCAGUCAUUGGUCUCACUGGUUUCCAUAUUGUUUUAGUGGCACGAGGACGCACGACCAACGAGCAGGUGACAGGUAAAUUUCGAGGGGGAGUGAAUCCUUUUACCCGAGGAUGCUGUGGAAAUGUGGAACACGUGCUCUGCAGCCCUUUGGCUCCCAGUCUCCUCCACCUUCCACUGCAGGGAAGCUGUUUCAUGAUAACUAGGUACAUAGUUGAACCCAAGAAGAAGCUGGCUGUGAGCGUGAAGCCUCCUUUCCUCAGACCUGAUUUAUCUGAACGACAGAUCACAGUGAAGAUCAGUGACAAUGGGAUCCAAGCCAACCUCAACCGGAGCAAGUCCAAAAUCAGUCUGGAAGGUCUGGAGGAUAAAGGUAUGGAUGUGCAACCACCGCUUCCACCCAAAGGAGAUCAAAGCAAAUACUCUGAGUUAAAAGGGCAGCUGGGGACCGGUGAAGAAAGUGGCCUUUCACCCAAGUUGAUCAGCCCUCCUACACCUGCCAUGUACAAGUACCGGCCGGCUUUCAGCAACAAUCCCAAAGUGCACUACCAUGCUGCUGCUGAGCAGAUCACCCUGCAGGAGGGACACAGCCAGGGGGCUCUGAUAGAAGAGGAUGGCAGGAGCCUUGAUUACCAGUCCGAACCCAGCCUGGACAUCCCCAGCUACCGCAAGAGCUCCCUUCACAAGACCUAUCAGUCUUCCCCACUCCAGAUAGAUUCCUUUGCUAUCAAUUCACGAUCUCUGAGCCUGAAAUCUGCUGGCAGGAGAGGGACAGACAAAGUGCCCCUUCAUCCAAUAAAGUCUGAAGGGGCGGCUUCCACUCCUUACAAAAGCAUCUUUUCUCCCAAUUCCCUGUCGAACAGAAACGGGAGUCUUUCAUAUGACAGUUUGCUAAACCCCAUGUCACCCUCGGGGAGGAAGUGCGUUGCCCAUUCUGCAGUCAGCUCUGUCGGGUACCACUCACCGUAUUUAUCAGCCAAAAUGUGCCAUCUCCGGGGGAGCGAGCUGCAACGCCAACCACCUCAGAGCUUCAGCCCAGUGCUGGGGGGCCCAGCUCCACAUCAGCGAGACCCCUCUCCAGUCCGCUAUGACAACCUUUCCAAAACCAUUAUGGCAUCCAUUCAGGAGAGGAAAGAGAUGGAAGAGAGAGAGAAGCUCCUCCACUCGCACCCCGAUUCCGUGUUUGCAGACUCGGGUGUCUAUGACACCCCUAGCUCUUACAGCCUUCAGCAAGUCAGCACGCUCUCUGAAGACCCACGCAGCAUGGCGAUGAGAUACGGAUCUAGAGACAAUCUGAUGGCUGCUACCAGUUUUAGCACAAGGAACCCUAUACUGCAGUCCUCAGUGUCUUCGCUCUCAAGUGCAAUGACAAGAGCUCCAAGGACUUCCACAACCUCUCUGCAAGCUGAUUUAGCCAAUAACAAUGUCCAGACGCAUCAAGCACUACAAGGCAGGGUGAGCAAUGGCUCCUACAAAUCACCAGGCCACCAGGUCCCAUCGUCCCCCACAGGAAUGCCUAGGUCACCCUCUUACGGAGGCCCAAAGGCUGUCUCAUUUGUAAACACUGUGGAAAUUACAGAGGUGCAAUCAGUGGAAGCACAAAGGGAUGACAUACAGAUGAAGACACCGCACAGUAAAAUAAAUGGACAGCCAAAAGGAAUAUCUAGGCUAGGCUCAACGUCAAGUUCCCAAGGAACACCCGUCAGCCCUGCUAGACACUCAAAUGUUAAGAAGGUGUCUGGAGUUGGUGGAACAACCUAUGAAAUUUCAGUGUAAAAUAAAAUUAAAUGAAAACAAAGAGCCAUCCACUCAGCCAGCCAUGAAGCUAGGAGCACUGUGAAGACUCAAUUAACAACAAAGAAGGAGCAGCAGCAGCUGGCCACUCUCCUUUUUUCUUGUUUUGGAUUUGUUCUGUUUUCAUCUGUCUUUUGGCCAAAUAAACAGCUGCAGCCUUAUUCUUGACGGAGUAGAACUGUACAGUCCAUCAGAUUCGUCUUAACUGACAGACGGGAACUGGCUGCCACCUACCACCACAACCACAGAGCGGAUUUUUUAUGCAAGAGAGUGCUGAAGCCAUUGUGCAUCUGUCUGCCCAACAUUGUGUACCAGUAAUGCAGUGAAAAAAGGGUCAGUCCGGGAUCGUUCUGUUUUCCUGUGCCCCUUCCCAGUUCUUCUGGCCAGCCACGUGUCCAGCAGGAGUCAGAGGUCCAGCUGCUGCUUUUCUGCUGGCGAGGAAAGCGUGCUCCCUGUGCUGGGCAGUCUGCAGGUGUGAGAGCUGCCCUGCGUCUCCCAGGCGUGGCAGGUCAGGUUCUCCUAGGCAGGAGUGGGGCAGUGCACCCUGCACCACGAACACUGUGUCAUCUUCCAAAGGCUCUCUGCUCUUCUGUCCCAGCUGGGUGCAGGAGAAAGGGCAGCGGCCGCUUCUCCCAGUCUGCUGUUCGCCUUCCCACGUAUGAAACAAACGUGCGUGCACCCUCGUGUCUGUCUGAUGGGAAAGGACUGCACCACCAGUGAGGAUCUUCCACUCUCACCUCUCAUCCCUUUUUUUUAAAGGCUUCUGUGACUCAGAAAUAAAUCCAUGUGGACACGAAAGGAAGUGUUCAGAUGGGAACAAGUUCUAAACAGUCAUCAGCUGCUUUCCCUGCACCCUCCCUCUUGCCUGUUGGAUCCAGGCAGUAAGGUGCUUACUGCCGUGCCUGGUGCCCUGUGCAGUCCUGCAGCAGGGUUAGCAUGAGCUGUUGAAUUUACAGUGUGUGUAACUGAGCCAAGCGUAAGUCUAUAGGAUAUAAAUUUGGUGUCUGCCUGAUGACUGGCACAUUCCCUCUGGUCUUCAGUACUGUAAGACAAAGGAUUUUUCUGUUUGGUUUUUGAAUUUUCUUUCUGUUGGGGAACAACUUUUUAAAAUAAUAUCAAAAGAUUUAACAUUCUGAGGUUUCCUUUCCUUGUCUACAGAAAACUACGUUUGCUUUGUUGGAUUUAAAGACGACUUUGCUGUUUAAAAACAAACAGAAAACGCAAGAAAGUGUUACGUUAUUUUUUGUCUCAGAAAUCAGAACUCUGGUAACUCUAAUUUUGGGGCAAAUAUUUAUUUCCUUUCUUUUUUUUUUUCCAUUCCUGAUCUCCUUCUCACUUGCUAUCAAAAGUACGGAGGUCUGGACGAAUGCUAAGCAGCCAGAGUGUGUGUUCUAUUAAAAAUAUCCUGAGUGACUGUUGCCAAAGUCAGUAAAAAUCAUUCUUUAUCACUGAGCCAGUCAGCAUAUGAAACCUCGACUUUUCACCUCGUUCUCCUGGUAAAUAGUUUUGACUAGAGAGCUAAAUUCCUUGUUUUUCAGGAUAUUGGUUUCAAGGGGCUAAAUCCUUUCCAGUCCUUGACCAUAAUGGAGAACUCUCCAGCUAAUUGGUAGCCAUUCAGGAUGUGUCGAUAACAUUUUACUUGUGUUCAUCUACGUCGAGAUUAAUUAUUCCAGAAGGCAAAUAUUGACCUCAGUUUUGCCUGGUUAAAAUGGAUCUUUUGAUGUGAUAAAUGUUGACAUCUACUGCAAUACAGAGUUACUACAUGUUCCUUUUGUAUCGCAUGAUUUUGGAGAGGAAGACUGAAGUAAGCAUAAUUAUGUGUAAAGCUCUAUAUUGUCCGAAGGGAGAAAUCGAGAAAGCAGAGCAGCUGAAAUAGGCCGAAGUUAUGAGAGAGUGAAGUAGGAAUCAGUGUGCAUUUUAUGGCCUCGGUGAUAUUUUAAAUGCCUGCUGUAAGGGCAUUGCAGAGAAGCAGUCGUCCUGCUGUGCAGAUUUGUUUGCUGCCAUGUGGAUAUCGCCGUUAGUUGGAGGCGCCGCGGUGCCAGAAGAGUGCUGGCAGACUGGAUCGGGUACAGAGGGAGCAAUGUGUGCUAGAAGACUGGACAAGCUGGCUGAUAGGAAGAUUCAAGGGGCUGAAAGCAUGUCACUGGCCAAGCAGUGAUUUGGAAAUUGAGUAUGAUAAUUUUACAGAUAUGUUAGUUAAAAUAGGUAAAACCAAAGGCAAACCAGAGUUGUUCCCUGGUUUACAUUCAGAGGGAGGAGACGACGAUAGGGAAGGAGAAUGGGAGUAGUCUUCCAAGGCAGAAUACUGGAAACUACAGACUGAAGACAGUCAGACCUUAUUCAGAUACGUGAUGAGAGAAGGUUCUGCUCAAGGUGGAGCUGCAGGGCCAAGAAGCUACACCCUGCAGCCUCAGAUUUCUGCUGUCUUUAACUGUUACUGAUCUGCAGUUCUACCCUGAUGUUAGCUCCUCUGCAAGGUGCAGGACUUCCUCAAGGGCUGGAAUUCACUCUGGUGCACAGAAUAACAGGACACUCACCUGUUAGUUAAAUGCCAUGUCUGCCACACGUCAGGGGAUGGUGGCACAGAAUUUGGGCUCACCAUCUAGAUGAGGGCACGUUAUCAUGUACCUAUGAAUAUGUGCAUGAAAUACAUGCAAGCAAAGCUGAGAAUCUGCACCAGUGUUGUAUUUGAGAUUUGCAUCCCAGCGACGCUCCACUCUUUCUUUCUUCUGCAUUUGUAAAAUGCAGGAGAUCAUUCUUUCUCCUGCAUUUGUAAAAGAAAAUGCUAUUGAGGAACUUGAAGGGCCAGAGAGCCUCUGAAAUUAACUGCAUUAGGUCAUGAGAGAAGAAUCUCUCAGUAAGACUGAACACAGUGGUGUACGUAUAAAGCACUAAUAUCCAGGGUUCUUUCUGAAGGAAAGGGCAAGGGAGGAAAGGAUGACUGCACUUGACUGCACUGUCAUUACAGGCUCAGAUGUAAGGAUUAUGUAUUUUGUGAGUUGUUUUGGCCACAGUUAAGACGCAUUGGAUAUGGUAACAGGUUUACAAUGGUACCAAAGUCUUUUUUUUUUUUUUUUUUCUUUUGGGGUUUGCAUAUAAUUCAGUGCUCAUAGCCUGGAGUAAAUCAUUCAAGUUUUCUGGCAGAAUAAGCUGAGCAGAACUGUUAACAGGAGACUGCAUGCAGCAAAUCCAGCCUCCUUUCCAGCCAAGGCACUGAACCUACAGCCGUUCUCUUACAUGUAAGCACCUGUGUCCAUAGCUCCUAUUGCAGGGGAUCUACUUACUGCAUCUGAUUUAGGAGCAGAAUCCCCUCCCUUGUUAAAAUAUUGUUCUUCAAACAGUUCACAGGUUAGCAGCCAAGUUCUUCUAUUGCCCAAAUCCUCAGUUUUUACAGACACUACAGCCAAAUUUUCAGGUGGUGUAAACUGGUGUGGCUCCACUGAAGCUAAGUAAGUGAUGCUGAUUUUCAGUAGGUGGGAUCAGCUAUGGAAAUCCAGCACAAGUUAACACAUAUUAUAAAGUAGCUUCUUGAUUUUGUCAUGUUUAUUUCAUGUUCAGAAGUCUUAAAGCUUUUCAAUGUGUUUUUAUUUUUAGCUGUGGAUUGUAUUACUUUAAAAAAAAAAAAGCAAUAGAUUUUGUUUAGUUUAUGCAUCAAUGUUCAUUGCAUAUUGCAUUUCAUUAGCUGUUCAUACACUCCCAUUUAGCCUCCAGGUUUCCAUUGUAGUGCAAUCUGCCUUGAAAAGUUGGAUCUCUGUAUUGUUAAUUGUAUAAUAUAUUGAGCAUUAUGAAAUUAAAUGUACCUUACUAUGUGGGUGGGAGAGAGAGGAAAUAUUUUUACUUGAAGCCUUAAUAUUUUCUUUUUUUUUACUGCUUUGUUUGUUGACCUCAUAGGAAAGUCUGAAUAGCAAAGACUUUGGGCCAAAUACUGCACUGAUAUGCAACCAGCAUUUGGCCCCCAUGUCAAAACUGGACGCAGACAAAACCUGAAGGUAACAGGGGAGAAAGCCUCAGGGCAGCAUCUUUUCCUGGAGGUCAUUAGAACAGUCUGAGCUGUGUCUGUAAGUAAGCACAUUGAAGAAGUCCUCAAGUCUUGAAUUGUAAAGAAAGGUGAUAGCAGGAACUGCCCAAAUAUCUUACAUUUGCUUUUUCUUUUUUAAAUUAAAACAGAUGUAAUUGCAGUUUGCUCAGAGCUGUAAGGGUUGCACAGAGCUGUGUUAGUAGCCGCGUGCAGCAAAUGAACUGUGCUGAGUGGCUGUUCUGGAAUUGCUAACGAGGCAUAAUGUCACAUCAGCUUGGCCUGAGAUGAUCACCCUGUGGGCGUUACGUGGUGCUCCUCAGGAAUGCCUACUCUACAAGCCUAAUGUGGAAAUGUGGUUUUGUUUGGGCUAUAUCUGUGGUCCAGACUAGAUAUAUAUAUAUAAGUAUAUAUAUAUACAAUUUUUAUUUUUAUGUGGGGAAGAUGAGGUUAAGGUUGCUGUCCCUGACAGUCUGGAAAGCUAAUGCUGAACCGUUUCUAUGGUCUGUAUUUCACCUGUUCUGCCACCUUGAAUUGUUGGAAUGUAUCCGUGCAGGCUUUGUGGAGCUCUGUCUGUAACCUUUUUUGUGGCUCUCGUAAUACAUACAUAUAUAUUUUUAAACCUUUGAGUCACUUCAGUAUUUUAAAGCGUCCAGUGUCCCUGGUGCGUUGUGCUGACAUGGCCUCGGGUGCUCAGUCGGUCUGUGGGGUGCUGCCCCUUUUCAUUUCUGCUUCUGCAAAACGUGGACUGAAACAGCUGAACUGGGCAGGCCAGUUCCAGUGCAGAACCCAUGGGUGUCAAAAUAUUAAACCAAGUGAUCGCAGGUGCUCAUCUUCAAGGUGCUUUGAGUAGAAAAUAAGAACCUUCUAAAAAGUGCCUCCUAGUUGUGACCAGUGGAUCAUGCUUUUGGGGCCGCAGCAGGUAGUGCAGGGACAGCGCGAGGUGAAGCUUUUCCUAGAGUCUGUUGUGAAAGUUGUGGGACUUAAUAGGAAUCCUGUGGUCCAGCACAAUCGGGAAUUGUUGCUACAGAGUAGUGUGGAAAAAAGUGUUCUAUCCAGGAUAUCUGGAUUUAUACAUCCCAAAGAUGUAUGACUUUUCAUCUAUCUAUCUUCAUCUGUUUCUGUUCUUUGGAAAUACGUCCAUUUGAUGUGUAAGAUUGGCUUAUAAUUCACACAAUUGCCAAACUCCUAACAGCAGCUGCUUCAGGAUUUCUGAUGCUGUCAUUUGCAUAUGUAGACUAAUUAUAUUGAGCAGGAACCCAUUCAAACUUGUUCAUUAUAAAUAGCAAUCGUAUCUGUGUGCCGUAGAGGCAGAGGUUACCUUAUUACAUGUCCAAAAACUUAAUCAACAGGCUCCAUUGAUGUUAACUAAGUCAAACAGAUUUAUGUAAGGACAUGAACUGUUUUAGUACAUUUUAUUUAAAGACAUGUUGGCUUACAGAGGUCUUGGCUUUCCUCUCUCUAAGUAAUGGAUAAAUUAUCCACGUUUAUAUUCAAUUCUCCAUCACUGUUAUUAUUUUUUUUUUAUUCUGCAGGAUGAGUUUCAGUUCACAUUUUGGAACAUAAUAAGGAGAGACAAAGGAAACUAUUUAUACAGGUGACUCUAUCUUCUAAGAGAGAAGCGGUUAUAUAAUAAAUGGAUUAGAGUUACUGUCAAAAUAGGUUUUGUUCAUCUUGUCACAAUAACUUGAAUUUUAAAGUAAGGCUUAUUUCAUAGCUGAUAUCUGUAUAGCCCUGAAACAUUUGCAAGGUUCCUCGGUUAGACAUUUCAAAUUAUAUGAAGAAAUAUGAUCUACUUCUGCAGAUUAAAGAGUCUCAGAGAAGUGAUGGUACAUUUUACAGUGCCUUAUAUAUAUGUGUAUAUAUAUAUAUGUAUAUAUAUAUAUAAUGCCUAUGUGUAUAUAAUGUAUACAUAACUGUACAUAUAUUCAAGUAAAACUAGUUCUAGGUGUCCCUAUCUGGUGUAUUUUAAAUGGAACUGAUCUGUGUUGAUAGAAAAAGAAAUGGUUGUAUCAGCAGCAAAAUACAAAACCAAAAAUACUUAUUAAAACAUUAGCAAAUAAAACAGACUGAAAACAGUGUUUCUGCCAGUGGUUAUGUUCCAUGCUGUGGAAGACUGGUAGGUAUGCCCACUAAUUUAAGGCAUGUUUGGAGAAGAGAAAGCACUGGUGGAAGUUGGAGAAGGCGGAGAACAUCAGAGAGCUUUCCUUUCACCCCAGCACUGUGCCCCUGCUUUAAUAUCUGCACUCACUGUGUUACGAAUUUGCCCUCUGUGUGAUGAAUUCUGCUUUUUCUCCUGAAGCCACGUAUGAGUUUGGCUGUGGGACCUGAAGGCCCUGCUGGUCUGACCUGCUGCUGCUAAGCCCACAUUCACUGCGUGCCACGUGGCUGCAUCAGCAGCAAAUGGUGACCCUGAGCGUCCCUGGAGCUGGGCUGUCCGUGGGAAGCUGUGAGAGCACGAGGGAUCCCUGAGAGCCCCCAGUACAAGAGAGCUGAAGUGGGGGGUGGGCUGUCUUCCAGGGGCAGCCGAGAGCUCUGAACUGUCAGAAAUUGCCUGAAAUGAGUGGCCUUGGGAAACCCAGCUCUCACUGCAAGAUCCUUCAGCCUCACUGACAUUGAUCCACCAGUUCUUUCCAAUGGGCAAAAUGGUUCCUUCCUGCCAAGUGUUUUUUUCUCCCAACAGGCAUGCGGUCUUCUGAUACAGGCUAGAUACAGAACGGGAAUUUUUGCAAAGCUUCAGACAGUGGAUCUUACCUAGGGGGAGAGAGAAGUGUCUUCUGAGGCAAGAGAUGCAUCUCAAGAUUGUAAGGAGGAUUCUUUAUGUCUUGCUUUUUUCAUGCAAAUUAUUUAAUGCUGUGCUGCCAUGCUGUUUGCCCUUUAGACAUGCUUUUUUUUUUUUUCUGUAGAUUUUCAUAUAAUAGUGUGACCAUUUAUUUGCAGGGAAUGUAAAGGACUGACAUGUCCUACCCUUACAGUAUAUUAGAUCCUAAAAUGCUGGCCUGAGGAGGACAGCAUCUGAGUAGUGUGGGCAGUGCUGAGCUUUACCAGUAUUUCCUAAACACAAUCCAAUUUUUUGUCCAACUCUAUUUUUAAAGCAGCCUCUCUCCCUACUGACAGAACCUUGAUGUCUUCAUGUAUGUGCUUUUGAGUGGCAGCCAGCAAGGAGGGAUGUGGGUGUACUAGUGGAGCACCAAAGCAGUGCUUUCCUGCUUUCUGGCUUGUCCUUUCUCAUCACGUGCAGGUAAGUGUCUCCUGGGCAGUGGUUUCUUCCUGCAUCCCCUGCAUGAAUGGAUCUGAUUUGGAAGGAUCCUGUGAUGCCAUUUCAUUGAAAUGUGUAAAACCAAGGAAUUAAGUACUUCUAAGUAGGUGUUGGUUAUGACUAGCUUUUCAGAUGCACUGUGACAGCAUGCAGACGAACUGCUGUGUUGUUGGCCACAAUCUUUUAGGAUUAUAGCUCUGUGCUGCUGUCUUGCUGGCGCUUUCCCAGCACUGAGCUGAGAUCUGCAGGAUGAGCUGCAGCAGUUUGAUGUUCACUUGGAAGCACAGUCUGCACUUAAGGUGCAGGAAUGGGCACCGGGCAGUUUGGCACCAUUUCCUGGCUCCACUGCAAAUUGCUGCUGACCUUGCACAUCUGUCUGUGCCUCUUUGCUCCGUGUCAGAUGGGGAUGUGACUCCCCAGCCUCACAAAUGUGUUGUGUUUGUGAGAAGCACGAAUCCCAUUGUUCUGCAGUCUGUGUGGCUGGAGCCAAGCAGAUGCAUCCCACAGGUAUCCAGGAGCAAUAGGGCAGAUGGGGGGCAUAUUUAACCUCCAAGUAUCAUUUCAGGACACAUUCUUGGGAAGAAGUUUUUGGGUGUUUGUGUGAUUGGUGUUGCUGACAGUCAUCUUAGUGCUGACUUUGAAGGGCAGUUUUAGUACAAAUAUGAUAGAAAUGUCUGCCUUGAUCAUUCCCGUGACCUCUUGCAUAUUUCCUUAUAAUCCAAACCCCCUUCAUAACCCUGAUACAGCACUAUCCUCAUUCUAAGGGAUCAUGUACUUGAUUGCCUCAAGCAACUCAGCUUUUUCCUGCGUGCUUAUUGAAAUAGGUGUACAUAAUACAAUAAUAAUUAAAGUUGCUGAGUAGAAAUACAGUAAAAUAGCUGUAGGGCCAUUGCAGUGUGCUUUGAUAGCACAGAACACAGAGUGAGAGCUGGAAAAAGAGGUAAUGGAAAAGAGAAAAGAAAUACCUUCAGCUGACAUGAAAGGGAAUAGAUAGUGUCAGUAGAGAGCAAAGGGCAGCUGGUUUUAUUGCUGGCAAGAAAAGUUUCCUCCAGUUUCUAUCAGCGUGAAGGAUUGGCUGGGUCAGGCAGCACGCUGUUAAGUACAUAGAAGGUCUCUUCUUCCUCUCCAGAUGGAUUCCCAUCAUUAUAUUUUGGAAUGUCAGAAGGUUAUAAUGUAGGCAGGGCCUUGACCAGGGCAGGGCUGUGAGGCAGAGCAGUAACAUAAAUCUUCAGAGCCCUUUAAAGGAUUAGUCUGGGGGCAGAAAACAAGCCAGCAGGAGAAAGUUCAAAUGAAGAUCUGUCCUCGCAGGAUAGCCAUUAGUUUUUGGCAAUUCAGAUUACUCUGCAUUUGUCUCUGAGAGGGACUUAUUGUAUAAAAUGCUUGUUUUGAUUUUAAGCAGCAACCCAUCCUACGAUGCCACGUGUCUGUCACCUGUACCAUAAAAAUCCCAGAGCAAUACACUGUACAAGGAAUUCCCCAAGUGAAGUAAUUCCAGCAAAGACAGUCAGAAACGUACUUAGUUUGAAACCAGAUGGCUACUUCUGCUGACACUGGCUGUAUUUGGCAAAUACUGGAUAGAAUUUCCAAGUCACUGCACACACACAUGGACAUAUUUACAUUUUUGUGUGUGUGUGUGUGUGGAUAUACAUAAUAAAAAGCACAGCCUUUUAAUUGUGUGUGCUGUGAUUCAUCAGCAGCAAUAGCUUUUGGCAGGGACAUAAUUUCAAAUCUCCUGCUGAGGGUGUCUGCCAGAACAUUGUUGGACAGAGAUAGGAUGAGGAAAGUUACUUAUAAAUGGGGAUAAUUAGGUCCUGUGCUUAUUAGUGCUGGGAAGGAGACAGAAAAACGAAAAAGUGUAGUACUACUUGUAAUACAAGAAGAUGCUCUCCAUGAUUCUCUCCUUGAUUCAGUGAGAACCAAGCACCUCAGCUGAAAUAGCAUCAAUAUGUGCUGCUCCCAGGUGGCAGAUCUGGGGCUGGGGAGGGGUUGUCAUGUGUAGGACAGACGGAUCUCAACUAUACUUAGUCAGGCUUGAAAUAGUACCACAGGAUUCAGCUCCGCUACUGCAGGUGCUGAGCUCUUGUAACCGAUGUGACUCUCAUUACUGGCUUUUGUGUUUUGUAUUCAGGCAAAAAUAAACCCUGAACAAAUAUGAAGUGGACUAACUCCUCUUCUUCAGCACUGCUGGCGCACUGUGAGGAGAUGGCCCUGGCUCAAUCUGGUGUUGUGCUCAUCUCUGUCAGCAGAGGAAGGCCUGUGUCUGUGUCACAGCAGCCACAUGGAUGUACGUUACGUCCAUUUGCCUUGAGAAAUACUGUCAUUAAGACAAGUGCAUCAUUCCUCUGGUAUUCUCCCUGCAGGUAUAAGCCUAAUGAACACAUAGUAAGGUCAUAGUUUGUCCUGCAAGUGCAGAUUUUUUAAGCAUUGGCACAAUGCUGAGAAGGUGCGUUGUUCAGGGUGAUCAGUGUGCUUAAUGGUGGCUCUGAGCGAGUGCUUUGCUUUGCCUGGGCCUCCCUGCCUGACACGGGGCUGCUGCUGGGGGAAACGGCUCGCAGAAGCCCGGCUGCAGCAGCUACUGCUGCCAUGCCACCAGCAGAGAACGGUGUGGAUGUGGGUUUCUCCAGACCCGUAGUUAGAACCGCUUCACCUAAAAGUUAUUUCAUCUCUUUUUUUCCCUGCACGGCCUGUAUGUGAACACACUGCUUCCAAAAGAAGAACAGCAGGGUAUAGACGGCCCGUGUCAAGCUCAUCCCUAGGGUGAUAGUUCUGAAGGAACACAGGGAUGCUGGGAACCAGCUCUGAACAGAGAGGUAGGAAAGAACAUAGGAAUACUAGAGUUUUGCCUUUGUAGUUUUUGUUAAGUUUUAAUGGAUUGUUAAAAGUAGAAAUCCCCUAAAUUGUGUAGUGCUGUACAUCUCAGCACCUAAAAUGGUUUGCAAGCAGAGUGCUCCCGUUAUUGCUAACACUGACAGUUUGUUAGCAAAAUCAAGGUUUACUGAUAGCUAAGACAAAAGGGUUGGGAGGGAGCUGUUCUUGAGGCAAUAGUAUCAAAUCUCUUUUUGUUUCCUGGAUAGUGAUUGCAGUAAAAUGCUCUGCUUAUGUUUCCAUUCCUUAGACCAUCUGUUUCCAAUGAGACCCUUCUGGCGUGAUGCAUCAUUAUUUAUUAGAGCAUUACAUUAGAUAACACAGCAUUAGUAUUUUUGUAAUAAACCCUCCAUUUUAUGAGUAUGACUUCAGGGGCAGAAUUGGAUGCCUUUCCUUAGUGAAAGAGGUAGAGACAGUAUUAGUAUAAUUAGUUUACCAGUUCAGAAAUGUUCUUUUUAGUCUUUCACAAAGAACAUUUUUGGUGCAUCUUUUGAUUUGUAACUGUGCAUGCUCGUGUUUGGUAAACACAAACGUUCUAGUUUUAAAGGGCCCUGCUGCUUACUGAGGGAGAAAGGAGAGAGACAGCCUUGGUCAGCUGCUCACAGCUGUAUUUGAGAUACUUCUCUUUACCAGUGAUACCCAGCACUGCUAAAAAUUCCCUUUCCAUCUGCUUCGGCCCAGGAGAUGGUGACUGCGAGCUCCAGGUUAAGAAGUGGGUUAGUCUUUCAUGAUUGACUUUCUCUGCCCUAGAUAAGGUGAAGCCUCGUUUUAAGUGUGUUUAUGGAGAGGGUGUCUGUGGAGGAGGACAAGUCUUUCAUCCCCAGUGAGCUCCUCUCUCGUUUUUGUUUGGCCAAAAGAAAGCUGAAGGAUCCUUGAGUGCAUGACUCAAUUGUGAGAUUAAAGUCAAGAUCUGAAUCAGAUCUGGCAUGGAUUUGUGUAGACUUCCUUUCAUGCCAGAAUCUCCCUAGAUUUUAUGUUGUAUUUAACCAACACAGAUCUUGUGUGGUUGUGUUAAACUUUCAGUGGAGCAGUCAGAUACGAUCAGAAAGCCAAUAGCACAGCUUCCAAAUCUUUUUCUUCUUUUUUUUAACUUGUCAAGUCAUACAAACCAAUGAUGCUUAAAAGCAGUAUUUCUUGCUCUCUGAAACGUGUAUUAAAUGAGCUCAAGUAGACAUCAUUUUAUAACCCAAUAGUUUAAACUAGCAUAUCAUUUAAAUUUUGCUGGGCCUGAAGCAAGCCAGGAUGACAUCAGUAUUUCCUUCACGAAGGCCAGCAGUGAGCCCACAGUGUGUCUGAAUGCAUUUGGAUCCAAUGACCUCAUGUUUCCUUUUCUCUCUCCCCUCUUUUGCUAAUAAAUUUACAGCUGCAUUUUGUAUCAUGCGAGAUGAUACAUUGUGAGCAAACAUAUCCGGGUUGUGGAAAAGGCUUUUUUUCAUUUCUUUCAUGUCAGAUGUCCUUUUACUACUCUAAUGGUUUUGUUCUUUGAAAAAGUGCCUGAAAGUUCCUAAGUUUUUCUUGCCAGCUGUAGGCUAGAGACCUACAUAGCUAAUGGUAAACAUCUAAACACUUCUCAUCUCUGCAGUGAUCUGGGUCCCGUGCAGGAAACAGGAGAUCUUUGUACUCCGUGUGCAGUGAAGCUCUCACCGAGAGCUGCUGUUGCUCCUGCUGUCGCCAUCAGGUUUUGCUGCCUGCCAGGAGAAAGCAACACUGUUUGUCAGGCAGCAUCUGUGCCGUCUUUUCUGACGAAUCUGUGACUUCUGGAGGUUGUUGUCCCCAGAGGGCAGCUGGCCCUCAGCUCGCAUAGCUCUGCAUCUCACCCAGGUGGGAUGGCCGCACUGCAGCUAUCAGUAGCACCAGCUAUCAGUAGCACCAGCUAUCAGUAGCACCAGUGUGCUGCUGCUGGACUAACAGGAUAAUUCCAUUAGUGGGUACCAUCAGGAGUUGUUAUCCUCUUAGGGGGAUUUUCUGCUCGCAGAUGAAACACAACACAAUGAAAUGGGAUUAGAAUUGUAGUCAUAUGAGUAUUAAAACAAACACAAACCGAGAGCAUGGAGUGAAAUGGCUCCUAAUGCAGUGCAGGGCGGUGUGUCUGAGCUGUGGGUACCGCUGCAACCAGUUGGUUUUUUUCAGCCUGGUUGACUUCAAGCUCUACAGAAUGGUAAACUUAAAUUAAAAAUAAUAUUUUUGGAUUUACUGAGCAAAAUAAUACUCUCAAAGGUGAUCUCAAAAGACUUUCGCACAUGAAGUAUGACAGUCCCUAAAGCAACCAAAACUAAACUGCACUGUGAGCAUCUGCAGAGGAGAUUUCUGAUGGUGAAGUGUUAUCACAGAAGAGUGACAUCCAAGAUGCAGCACUGAGGCAAGCAAUCAUAUUACCCAUUUUCUUUUCUAGCACAGUGAGAUUUACCAGGUGUUCAGCAAUGUGGUGGGUUUUUUUUUGGCUGAGAAAACAGUUCUGAUUGCUGCUUAUGAUGGUCAUGGAGCAGUCUGUGAGUUCCCUGCUGGUGGCUGAGCACAGCCCUGCUGUGAGCCAAUGACAGGCAGAAUUCCCUCUGUGGGAAUGGGGAUCUGGGCCUCAUCUUGGACAUUUUGUGCAAUCAGUGCUUCUGUAACAACACCAAGAUUGCACUGAGAUUUGGUUUUAGAUUUCAGUUCACACAAGUGGGAGAUUUUUAUUUAUUUAUUUAUGUAUUUUUUGAGCAAUUGCAGUGUUUGUCCCAUCCAGCUUCAGCCCAGCCCCAGGCAGGGAAUGGGACCACCUGCAUAGGCAGCCCUGUCAGCUGCUGGGAAAAGAGGAGUGCUCUCUAUGGAGAUUAGGUUGUGAGUUCUGUAAGUAAGCUUUUGUUCUUCUCAGCUCUUGAUGAGAAAGAAGAUAUACAGUGUAGGUAUAGCAUCUCUAUGAUAAGGGCUAAUACUUCCAAGUUAAAGAAAAUAACAAAAUAGAAAUGUUAAAGCUACGUGAGAGGAAACAUUAAGCUCAGUACCUUAGCUAUAGAGACAGAGGUAUGCAAGAAGGACGGAAAAAAGCAUCAAGUCUGUAGCAAACGUUCCUCAGUCCUUCUGUCCGAGCUGUGUGGCCGCAGCGGGUCUGCGGGGUGCGCGCUGCUGUGCUGUGCUGAGCGUGAAACAGAGACACGGAGCGGCGGCUGAGGGAAGGACGCGGAGCUGAGAGCUGGGAAAGGCCCAAGUUCAGCACGAGGGCCGCUCCCGCUCCGCCGCGGUGUCCUGCAGCGCUCCGUGCGGGGAGCAGCGCUUCGUGCUCCGCUCUGCGCUCACGGCGUGCAGCACGGCUGCUGCCAGCCCUGCGCUGCCGCACCGGCGCUGUGCUGUGCGGGUCGGGGAGCUGCAGCGUGGAGAGGUGGAUGGGAAUUGGACGCAUUGUUAAAGACGAAAAAUCUGAAACGUGGCAAACACUGCACUUGCAAAACUCUGAAUGUAAUAGGUGGAAAUGAGCGAUGAAUUUGGAUGCCGGCUCAAAAGGAAAAGCACCCCGUUCUGCUUAUCUUUCCGCAAGGAUUCAGUCGUUUUUAACUUGCGGACAGGUGCAUACAAAGCUCUAAAUGAUUGCUCGUGAGACCACGUGAGGUUCAGCACUGUGUGCACAGGGAGCUGCAGCUCCGCCGUGCGGGCAGGGGAGGAACAUUGGAGCUCUGGGCACGGGGCUGCAGGGCUGCCGGACAGGGAGAGAACUGCGUGUGGCUCCUGGGGUUCUGCGGCCGUUACUGCGAUGCUGGACGUGACUGUGCAGGGAUGGCGUUGGGCCUAUCUGGAAAGCCGCUGUUCUGCUGCUUUGUCAGAGGUAUUUCGGGUGGGGCCUAAAGGUGAGACGCUGACCAAAUCACACGUGAUGAACGUACCGAUCGGGCACCAGAAAUGACAAUUUGUUUCUCUUCUUGAUCCGGAAAGGAGAAGGAAGCCUGCACAAAGGAAGCGGUGACUGAAGCAAGGCACGUUGU